AUGACGACAAAUCCCGCCAACGCGAAUCCAGCCCGUAAUGAGUUCUUCCAACAGCUCAAGCCUUGCUGUGUGUCAAUCAGUCAGCUAGCAAUCCGGCAACAAGGAGAUUCGUCCUCAUUCAAACGACUCUCUGAGUUGACCGAUGAGUUGUACCACAUUCUCAACGACCAAGUCAAUAGAGACGCCACAGUUCUAGAUGCAAAGCUAGCCGAUUACGUCUUUUUCCCGCUCUCUCAUAUCUUCCGCAGUCGCGAUCAGUAUCCCAAGCGCCUAGUCGAGCUCGCGAUCAAGUGUCUUACCGUUAUCAUUAUUCACGGCUGGAAGUUCAACAUCUCGCCCCAGGUCUUGCAGCAGCUCCUCAUCCUUCUCACUUUCAUCAUUGGAGGAGUUCCCGGCCGAGAGGAGGAGCACGAUGUUCCCGAGGAAACCGAGCUUGAAUCGCUUAGAGCCUUAAGUGCCCUGGUCGCUGUGGCUGGGUCGUCCGGCACAGCCGCAACAGCUCUCACCGAGGAGAAAGUGGUACCAACUCUGGGCCAUACUAUCACGGUCCUCCUGGCAUGUGUAGCGGAUGGGAAAACUUCGGAAAUCCAGCUCGAGGCUCUACGUACGCUUAGCGGCUUUUACACGAGCAUCAAGGAGCAUGCUGCCCUGGCGUCGUUCCUCCCUGGCAUCGUCUCUAGCCUGACAAAACUUCUUGCCAAACCACAGAGAGAGAAGACGCGCGUCCUGGUUGGGUCUAUCCAAUCAUUGGGUUUGGUUCUGGUAAAGGUUCUCGGCGACGUCAGAACCCGGAGCAUCACCGCAAGACUAGCCCCUGGAAUUUCAACCGAGGCCGAACAAGGAGGGAUCUUGAGCCCAGCAUGGCUCAACGCCACCAAGUCACAGAUUAAGCUGGCUUUGGCAACAGUUCUGAAACUCCGAAUGAGCGAUAAUCUCGACGUACGCGAGGCACUGCUGACUCUUUGCCUUGGACUUCUCGACGAGUGUCAUACCUCCCUGGAAAACUGCUCCCCGGUAUUGGUGGAGACAGCCAUGGUCAUCUCGCCAACACAUCCCACGUCAUCUUUGACCGGUACAAGUCUGCAGGACUUGGCCAUUAUCUAUCCUGAACUUGGCGAGAUCGUGAAGGUUAAUUGUUACAAUUGGAUCACCAGCUUGCCCAGGAUCAUGCAGUCUGCCGAUGAAAGCAAGAAACAGGCCGCCGUCCGAAACCUGAUGAAGGGCAUGGCUCUCGUCGGUCAUCUUCAGCUGGACUCCUCACUUUUGGACGAGUCAAUAGCGGCGGCCCUCAGGGACAGUGUAACAUCCUUGGCGACUGGAGCGAAGCCUGGCAAAAUUUUGGAUCAAACAGCGCCGGAUGCCUCAUGGUACAAUCAAGAUAUUGCGAGAGCAGGGUAUACUUCUAAGCAAUAUCAAAACGUCUUGUUGAGUGAGGAGAGUCAGGCUGAGACGAGGUCAGCUAUGAUCGACUUGCUCUCUAACGUUGGAUCCGCCUCUCAACAGACUAGGCUUGCUGCCGAAAUGCUAGACUACGCCAGAGACUCGGCCGGAGAUGCUCAGAUAGCCUCUUUCUGGCUGAGCUUCGAACUUCUCAAGACCGCCUUUUCUCGUUCUAGUGAACUCGACGAUCUCUUGGACUUCUCAUCCCUGGGCUCUGGGGACGAAGGUCCCGAGUCAAUAUUUCAGGAACUGUAUUCGCUUGCCGUUGCUCUGCUGGACUCAUACUCCGAACUGUCUGAGAUCGAUUGGAGGCUAGAGGCCACGGCACUUGAAGUCAUCGCCUUUGCAGCUUCUCGAUCAGGCGAGGCCUUCAGGCCAGAACUCAUCGAUGUGUUAUAUCCGACAACAGCCUUCCUUGGCUCUGCCAGCCCACGAGUAAGAGAGCAUGCAAUCACGACUCUAAACAUUCUAGCUGUAUCGUGCGGGUACACGAGCGUCUCUGAAUUGAUUCUCGAGAACGUCGAUUAUAUGAUCAACUCCGUUUCGCUGCGACUCAACACGUUCGAUAUCUCACCGGCAUCCACUAAGGUGUUGGUAAUGAUCACUCGCCUAACCGGCUCGCGACUGCUGCCGUACCUGGACGAUGUCGUGGCCUCCAUUUUCGCAGCCUUGGACAACUACCACGGGUACCCAGUAUUUGUUGAAAGUCUAUUUGCAGUGCUCAAAGAAGUCGUGGACCAGGGUGUGAAAUCUGAUAGACUUCUUCUGGAGGGUCGGCAAAAUGGACCAGAGAGUCACAAGAAAGCCACAGGCAGCCACGUCACAAUUGAUGACAUUGUCAAUUUAUUGAAGAAACGUCAGGAACGAGAGACUGAAGCCUCUGCCGACGAGGUCGACGUUGCGACUGACGGCCACCCUCGGAAGCCAUGGGGCGCGAAGGAUCAAAAAAUCAAAGAAGACCUUGGAGAAACUGAUGAGACUGUUUCGAACAGCGAAGUCGAAAAGGAAAGGCCACCCAAGACGCCAACGUAUAGUCUACUGGAGAAGAUCACCGGCUUGACACAACAUUAUCUUACAUCACCAAGUCCCACGCUACGAAAAUCAUUGCUCGAACUACUGGCCACCGUAUCUCCAGCUCUUUCAGGCGACGAAGACUCGUUUUUGCCGCUGAUCAAUGCUGUAUGGCCGGUGGUGAUCACCCGGCUCUACGACGAGGAGGCGUUUGUCACGAUUUCAGCUUGUGAUGCUCUCUGUGCGCUGUCCGCCACCGCCGGAGACUUUCUAGCGUCCAGAAUCAAGACAGAGUGGUGGGACGGCCUGGGAAAGUGGUGUCGAAAGAAAAAGCUGGAGGCCAUCCAGUCUCGAGGCAACGGAAGUGCACACCGAGAGAGCACGAAACCAGGCCAGACCGCCGCAACUACGAGUCAGGGAAUCGUCAUUCCUAUCACGACAGGUAGCGAUCGGCUAAGCUAUCAAUCCGUGGAGAUAACGAAAGGCUCGGUAUCAGGCGGCUUGGGUAAAUUUGCUCAAUCUGCGCAGAUCUGGGAUUCCGUGAUUCGCCUGUUGACAGCUAUCGUCUCUCACGUCCGCCUUGACGCCGAGAUAUUCGAUGAAUUUCUGGAGCUUUUGAGCGAAGCACUUGCCCAGAACAAUGAGGCACGUCAAGCCUUGGAGGCAAUCAAUGGUGAUGCAGUGUGGCUAGCCUUGUACCAGCAGAGACAGGUCAAGCCCCCGAGCCUACCCGAGCUAGACGGUGUGACUUUUGCACCGUUGGCGACGCUGAGCUGA